GCGACCGACCGCGACGACGCAACACCCAACAUCAGGCAGGAACUCAAACCGGUCGGACUCCACGCCGACGCACCGAAAAAGAAGAAGAAGAAGAUAGCAGGCGAGGCGAAGGCCCAAACGUUCGGGGGGCGAGCGGGAUUUGGAAGCUGCGCAACGCGCAUCCCAAAUCCCCCAAUCCCGACGCCCACCCGACCCCGUCGCCAGAUCUCGCGCCCCUCCCCGGGGCUCGAUCGGAUCAGCGGCGGCCGGCGAUUCGGGGACGGGGAGAUCUCGCCGAGGCUUGGGCCGGGCCGGGCUGGUGGGAGCCGGGGAGCCAUGGCGUCGGCGCAGGCGCCGUCCUCCGCCGCCGCGCCGUCGCGCAAGGACCAUCUCGAGGCCGGGAAGAAGCGGCUCGAACAGUUCCGCAAGAAGAAAGCGGCGAAGAAGGCCACUGCAGCUAGCACGGAGCAGGCAAAAACGCCUACUCCUGAUGUAGCGGAGAACCCUCCUCCAAUUGCCAAUACUAUUAGCUUGGGAUAUGGGCCAGUGUCUGAUGUAGAGCCAAACCAAGCGAGCACGUCUUCGGUGCCAUCGGUUGUAUAUGAGAAUGGCCCAGCGAGUGCUUCCAGAGGUGCAGAAUUCCUGUCAAAUGGUCCAGUUACUGUAAAUACUUCUGUUGGUGUUAGUAAUGUUAGACCCCAGCAAGAUGCUGUUAGUGAUGGAGGAAGUAAGUUCUAUGGGAACUUAAGCUUCUCCGACCUUGUUAAUGGUCAUCAUGAGAACUGGAGAGGUGACGAAGCCCGUAAAAGGGACGAGCACAGCCCUGACAAGGAUGUGCAAUCAACAUCUAAAUUAAGUGCUUUUGGGAACAACAGCAGUUUAACUUUACCUUCUACUGACAAUGUGCCAAGUUGGGGAAGAAAUUCUUUGUCAAGUCAAGUACAAGAUACCAAGCAAUCUAGUUCAUAUUCAUCCAGCACCCUUUUUGGAAAGUCUGAAAAUGCCUACACUCAGGAUUACUCCACAAACAAUGAUAUCUUUGGUCGGUUGAGAGCUACCUCCAAAGACUCUUCCCAAGUGGAGCAAUCUGUGUAUGCCAGCAUACAGGAUUAUGGCAAUGCCUUCAAUAGUUCAAGGAUUGCUGAUACUGCAGAUCAUGAUACAAAUAUUGGAAUAACUCAGACAUCUGCAGACUCCACACCUGUUAAUUUUGAAAGACAGGAUCCUUUUCUGUCAUCUGGUUAUCCAACUACGUACACUCGAUCAAGGCCAUCAUUUCUUGAUUCGAUUGGAGUACAAAGAGCCCCUCCAACAACUCAAGCCUCAUACAGGGAGCCUGCAAAGACUAAUCAACUAUCCAGCAAUUUGAAUUAUCAGAGUCCAUUUUUGCAGCAAUCAAAUCAACAAUCCACUGGAAGUAAUGCUACAGAUAUUUCUUUUGCAUCAGAAAGUCAGAAAUAUAGUCAUGAAAAGGGGUCAUAUGGCAGCUCCAACCCUCCUGAUUUCUCACUUCCCAAAGAAGAAAGAAGUAUACAGCAUGGUAAUCAAACAUUCCAAAACUUCACAACUCAUGGGAAAGAUGAUGAUUUUGCAGCAUUAGAGCAGCUCAUUGAAGAUUUGACAAAAGAGAAGUUUUCCUUACAACGUACUGUUCAGAAAUCUCAAGAGCUAGCAGAAACUUUGGCCACAGAUAACUCUGCAUUAACUGAUAAGUUCAACCAACAGGCACAUAUAAUCAGCCAGUUGACAUCUGACAUGGAGAGAUUGCAGGAAGAAAUUCAAGCUCAACUGCUGGCGCUGGAGUCUGUCAGGACCGAGUAUGCUAAUGCACAACUAGAAUGCAAUGCUGCAGAUGAGAGGGCGAAAGUACUUGCAGCUGAAGUCAUUCUACUAGAAGAUAAGGCUUUGAGACUGAGGUCAAGUGAGCUAAAACUUGAAAAGGAAAUUGAAGGUUUACAUUCUGAGAUUUCUUCUUACAGGCGCAAAGUUUCUAGUCUAGAAAAGGAGCGCCAACAUCUCCAAUCUACCGUUGAAGCUCUUCAAGAAGAAAAGAAGCUCCUAUACUCUAAAUUGAGGAACAUUCCUAUGAAUGAGAGGGCAACAACUACUGUAGAGAAACCUUCAGUUGAGAAAAGAGAUGCAUCUACUGCCACAGAGGAUUUAGAUACUGGGGAGCUCAGCUCUUCAGAAACGCUGACCAGCACUGUUGACACAUUGGAAGAUGCUGGAACUUCUGUUAGGCGUUCCAACAUUAUGUCUGAUUUUCCUUCCUUAGAAGAGGUCUCAUCUAGCAUUCCGGAUGAUCAACUUAGAAUGAUCGACAACAUCAAUUCUUUGAUGUCAGAGUUAGCAGUGGAGAGAGAAGAGCUGCUGCGAGCACUGAGAAUUGAGUCAUCCAACUGCUCCAAGCUGAAGGACUUGAAUAAGGACCUAACACAAAAGUUGGAGAUUCAGACACACAGGCUUGAACUAUUGACUUCUCAAAGGAUGGCUAACGAGAAUGCCCUAGCAAAACCAAUUGACACACGCUCCAUCAAUGAUGCAGCAAUUUAUGCGGAUGAAGGAGAUGAGGUUGUGGAACGGGUGCUUGGCUGGAUAAUGAAGCUCUUCCCAGGAGGGCCAAAGCGGCGAACCAGCAAACUUUUGUAAUGAAAAUAGAGCUCCUAGUAUACCAGAUGUUUCCUUCAUUUAAGGCUUGUUUAGAUGAAAGGGGUUGCCCUAGGAGCACCAAGUAUUUAGUUCAAAUUUGAACUAAAUUUUAAGGAAUCUGUUCCAAAUCCCCAAUAUCCAAACAUGCCUUUGUAUAAUUUGUUUUUUUGUUUGCCCGGGGUUUUGCUGAUAGCAUGGUGAGAAGCUGUAUAUUGGAGCCAUUCAAUGUAACCAUUCUUUUUUUUUUUGAAAGAAGAUAAUAUACUUCCCUGGAGUAUGGGGCUGCAGCCUGUAUUGGCAAAGGAAAAGAAUAGUCGUAAAGAAUAGACCUCUUUGUGUCAAUUGAACAUUUUCUUUCAUUAUACGAGUUGAAUACGCAGCC